AUGCUUGUAUAUCAAUCGCAUCAUUACUCACCACCAUCUCAAAAUCAACAACAAUCUUCUACCAAAGCUUCAUCAUAUUUACCAUCAUCUUAUCCACCAAAACUAUCAAAAUUAAUCAUGGAACCUUGGACAUGGUCGGUUGCUCAAGUUGGAGAAUGGUUAAUCAAACAUAAUUUACAAGAGUAUAUUCACUUGUUGUGUAGUACGUAUCAAAUGGACGGUAUGAAAUUAAUAAAUCUUAAAGAAGAUGAUGUAAUGAAAUUAACGGUCCCAAAUAAAACUGAUAAUAAAGAACUUUGGUAUCAUGUUAAACAAUUACAGGCAUUUCGAACUACGUGUACGCAGAACUCAUUGAAAAUACCAAUCACAUCACCAUCGUUAAGUCAUAUAAUCCCGUUUUAUAACAGUAGGACUGAUAUUCAAAUGAAUAAAACUAAUACUGAUAAACAAUUGAUGUUAAAUAUGAAUGGUCCACAAUCAAAUAGUGUAGCGUCGAAUUUAAAUACUACACCUACAAAUAGUGUUCAAAGAUCACGUUCACAAAUUGAACGAUCAUUGAGCGAUGGAUCUCUUGAUAGUGGUUCACAUGCUCUUGUAUCGGCAACAACAUUCACUGAACGUAAUAUUACAGCUCCUGUACCAGUUACGUCAACAGUGUCUCCAAUAGAUGGACAUCAUGUAAGAAUUCCAACUGAAGAACUAGAAUUUCGCGAUGAUGUCAGUUGUUGUAUAUUAACAACAUUACGUAGUGAUCGAAAAAAAACAUUAUAUGCAUUUUUAAUAGCUGUUGGAGCAUUAAUGUUUUGUAGUUUUAUAAUAACAAUUGUUGAUGAACGAUUACCAGAUCCAAAACGUCAUCCUCCGCUACCAGAUCUUAUAUUAGAAAAUAUACCGCAAAUUACAUGGGCAUUUACCGUUACAGAAUACAUGAUUGUGAUUGAUGUUAGUGCGUUAGUGACUGUUAUUCUAUUCCAUCGACAUAGACUAAUAAUUCUUCGACGAUUAUUCGCUAUAGCUGCCGUAUUGUAUUUUUUACGAAGUUUAACUAUGGUAUUCACUUCAUUACCAGUAGCUACAGUAAAAACAGAUUGCAAGCCUGAUAAAUUACCAAAUAUUGUAGCUCGUCUAAAAAAAACAUUGCUGAUAUUUCUUGGUCAAGGUUUAUCGCUUUAUGGUGUUCGAACUUGUGGUGAUUAUCUUUACUCGGGGCAUACUUGUACACUAAUAUUAUGUACACAUUUUAUUAACGAAUAUUCACCACGAUCAUACCAUUUACUUCAUUUAUUAACAUGGCUAAUGUCAUUAACUGGCAUGUUUUUUAUACUAGCUGGUCAUCAGCAUUAUUCUAUUGAUGUCUUGAUCGCGUGGAUUUUAGCAUCAAGAUUAUUUGUUUAUUAUCAUACAUUAGCAAAUAAUAGAACAUUAUUGAAACGAGAUCUAAAACGAAUGAGAAUUUGGUUUCCACUCUUUGUCUAUUUUGAAGAAAAUGUUUUAACAGCUAUACCUAAUGAAUAUUGUUGUCCAACUUUUAUAACCGAUCUAAGAACUAUGUUUGGCAAUUGUAUUGAAACAAUCAGAUAUUAA